AUGAAAGCAAGUAGUCGCAAGGUAUCGAGCUUUUCAUCAUCAUUGAUGAUAGUCACAGCGACCAUCAUUUGUCUAGGAUUGAGUGGUAGUGGUAGUGGUAGAGGCAGUAGUAGUAUUCCAACUGUUCAUGCAGGACAUCCAUGGGUUUCCAGCACUACUGCUACGCGAAAAUCCAAACCAACAUCCACCACAACCGCUAAAAGACGGUUUUUGGCAACAGAUGAAGAUCCAAUAGCUGUCAUUCCUACGAGUUCCAAAACGAGAAAGCAUACUCGUAUCAAACAGGAAGACGAGGACGCGGCUGAAACCAAGCCUCCAAAACGUCGGUCCUUCUUUUUUCAAUCGAGAAAAACGGACGAUGAGACCAAAACGACGGAAGAGUUGGAACCAAAGGACAAACCCCAAAACAAGCGCAAGACAGCCCCUUGGAAGGAAACUCGAAAGCCAAAUGUAGAUGAACCUACCAAGAAGAGGCAACCUCUUUUUCGGUUCAGUAAUAGACCUUCCAAGAACUCGAAGGAAGAAAAGAAAGAAGCUGACGGCAAGUCUACAGAAAACAAUGACCCCAAAAAGGAUAAAGAUGAAGAAAAGGCAAGACGCAAGAGUCGAUUCCAGCGUGCCAGAGAAGCUAGACAGGAACGACGACAACAACAACAACAGCAACAAGAAAAGGAGGCAACCCACAAGACAACCCCUUCCAACGCCACUGAUACCACUGAGGAAAGUGCUACCACCAACAAUUCAACAUCAACGGACGAGGCAACCAAUGACGAGAGUAAAACUACCAGUACUACCAGUGCCAGCAAUAAUUCCACCUCGGCAUCCAAUACCAAUACCACUAUAACUCUUUUUGAUGGUGUUCCACCCAGGAAUAUGCCUCCUACCAGGUACCCUCCACCAAGUAUGUAUUAUCAUCGACCCUAUCCAUCUCGCCAGAGCGGAGGGAUUACACUCGAUGGGUCAGGUGGUCCAUCUUCCAUGCCAUCCAAUACGGCCAUCUUGGCCACUGCCAUUAUCUCGAUCGUGGGGGUUGCGUCACGGUUGUGGCUCGUCUUGUUUAUUACCAACAAGUUGGCUUCAGAUGCCGAAGAUUUGUUGCCGCCAAUUCAACAUUUUGUCUGGGAAUGCUUGAAUGAUAAAUACUCCAAGGAUGCUCGGAUCUUUGACAAGGCCUUGAGGCAAGCACCGAUGGGGUUUACGAAAUGGCAAUGGAAGGCAUACCUAAAACAAGAGAAACAAAAACACAGGAGACUGAGGAAACAAGAAAAGCAAGCGGCAUUGUUGCAACUCGAACAAGCAAGAGAUGAGAUGGAUAGUAACAGUAACACCAGCACUACGCAAGAAGAAAGAAGCAAUUCGAACGCAGCUGCCCUAGCAAUGGGCUCCUUGGACGAAAAUCCUAUGAUGUCGAUUCUACGCCGACAAUCCCCCGAUUUUCCCACACAGACGACCAUUGUGGUGGACUUGACGCCCAAGAAUGAACCAUUGAAUCUGUCGUACCUUUCUGACAUUGUUAAUUUGUUGAUUCAAGUCCAUUCUUCCAAGAACCACAACAAGAAUUUGGAUCGUCGGAUUGCUCCCAUGCAAACAGAGGUUGUUUUGUUGCUGACAUCACCAGGUGGUGCGGUCACGACAUAUGGAUUGGCGGCAGCCCAAGUGGCCCGUCUAGAAAAGGCGGGGAUUCGAACUACUGUUUGCGUGGAUCACGUUGCUGCCUCGGGUGGAUACAUGAUUGCCAGCCAGACAUCUCAAAUCCUUGCGGCGCCCUUUGCCAUGGUUGGAAGCAUUGGAGUGAUUCAAGAAGGAUUCAACAUCAAUAAGCUGAUGGAAAAGUACGGCGUAAAACCAUUGGUAUUAAAGGCAGGGGAGCACAAGAACCAACUUUCGACUUUUGGACCCGUAUCCGAUAAGGAUAUGAAGGAUGAAACCAAACGAAUUGAGGAAGUCCAUGAAUCGUUCAUUGAAUUAUGUACAUCCAAUCGGCCUUCUUUAGAUCCUGCCAUUUGCGAUGGGAGCGUCCUCUUGGCCAAUCGGGCAUUGGAAUCGGGUCUCGUGGAUCGCAUCUUGACGUCCGACGAGUACCUCUGGGAACGGAUUUGUGCCGGAGACCAUGUCUUGAAACUCCACCGCUCUCGUACGGAUCAACGACGUGUCUUUGCUCGGGCCUUGGAUUUGUUGCCCCAUUUGAAACAACGUAUUCAAGGGAUGCAUCUUCAAAAGAUGGUUACCUAUUUGGUGCAGGGGUACGCAUUCUUCAGUAUGGCUCGGAAUCAGCUUUUCCCAAUUCUAUUACAGCAUCAGUGA